CGGCCCCGGCCCCGGCCCCGACACCGACACCGGCCCCGGCCGGGGAGCGGCACCAGCCCGGCCCGGCCAUGGCGGAGCCGCUGCGGCCCUUCCGCCUGCGCGGGUGCGGCAGCCCGCAGAAGUUCGGGGUGGCGGCCGGGAGCUUGCGCGGGUUGCUGAGGAAGGGCUGCCGGCUGCUGCAGCUUCCCUUGGCAGGCAGCCGCCUCUGCCUCUACGAGGACGGCACGGAGCUGACCGAGAGCUACUUCCGAGCGCUGCCGCCGCAGACGGAGCUGGUGCUGCUGGGCCCCGGGGAGAGCUGGCAGGGCUGUGCCAGCGACAUCGAGCGGCUCCUGGCCGCGUUCUGCAGCCAGCAGGGCGCUGUGGUGGAAGCUGCGCGGAGGCUGCUGACCGACGAGCGAGCUCCCCACAGGCAGAAGCUGCUGGCGGAUCUCAUCCACAACCUGAGUGAAAACAUCCUGGCCGAGGACAAGGAAGACGACAAGAAAUGGUUUGAAGGGCUGGAGUCUCGGUUCAAGAACAAAUCCAGCUACCUGCGGCAUAGCUGUGAGAGCAGAAUGCGGGGCUACAUGAGAGAGGUUACUGGUUUUAUUUCAAAUGUUCAUCCUGCAGCACGAGAUGCCUACAGAGGGAUAAUCGACCUGAUGGCAGAUAAACUGAAAUCUGUGAAGUACAACGGGUGCUACUUUGACAGAAGGGAGGAGGAGGAGGCAGUACGCCUGUGCACUGCAGAGGGGUGGUUCUCCUGUCAGGGACCAUUUGACAGAGAUGACUGCCCGUGUAAGCAUUCCAUCAACCCCUACAGCAACAGGGAAAGCAGGAUCCUCUUCAGCACCUGGAAUCUCGACCACAUAAUUGAGAAGAAACGUGCUGUUGUCCCAGAACUGGCAGAAGCUGUCAAAACACGAGACGGGAGAGAAGUGAACUGGGAAUACUUCUAUCAGCUGCUGUUUACUCUGGAUAAUUUAAAACUCGUACAUAUUGCUUGCCAUAAGAAAACCAAUCAUAACCUCAGCUGUGACAAAACCAGAAUUUACAGAAAGAGGAAGCAAACCCAUGAGAUUUCCUAGUGCUGUCUCUGGAAGGGACCUGCUGCUUUUUUCAAUCAUGUAGCUUCAGGAAUGCCAAAGGAGGUGAUUCAGCAGCAGAGCUGCCACUUCACCUGUGCCAAACUCCUGCCCUCAUCCCCACCUGCCCCUUUGCCAUUGCUUCAGAUGUGCAUCUCCUAGAAAGAAGAGCAAGGCCAUGAGAUUUUUUUUUUUGCUUUUUCCAUUUUUUUUGCCAUCUUCCCUGCUGAUUUCCCUCUCCUUUCUAACACUUUCUGCCUCCAGCUUGAGUUUCACUUGAUGCACCACCAGAAAGGGCAGCUAUAAUGAUCAUGUUUACACUAAUGUUUACUCACUGCCUUGGAGAAUAUUGCUUUGGUAAAACAUUUCCUACCUCAGGCAACAAAUCAGGAAUAGUUCAAUUUUUUACUUGAAUUUUUUUUUUUAAUACCAGCUGAUAGCAACUGAACUUUUGGGAUUGUCAAUGUAAAUCAUGUGAACAUUUUAAAUAAAAAAAUGCCCCCGCA